CACAGGCAGACCAAUGAAAAGGCUUCAAGAGGAGUAAGGUCACUCUUGUCCAAAGUUCUUGUCCAUCUUGUGUUUUCUUUGGUUGGUGUCUUGGUUGUCUUUUGUUCUCCUCGAAUAUGCCUGAUUGAAGACAGUUCGAAGGUUCAUCGCUGCAUGUGCGCACUACAGUAGGACGUGGUUAUGAGGCCAGCCAUUCGCUUACUUUAACUUUGCAUCGAAGGAUAUUAGUUUUGUAAGACAAUGUUGCAGAUGAAGUUUAGGGCCAUUCUUUUGCUCCUUCUGUUGGAGGCCAGGUGUGUUGCACAGGAAGAAACCCAAACUAAAGGCUGCGUCUGUGGAUACCCUGGAAUACCAGGGGAUCCUGGGCACAAUGGCACACCAGGCAGAGACGGGCGAGAUGGAAUGAGAGGUGAAAAAGGUGAUCGAGGUGAGGUUGGUCCUGUUGGUCCAGCAGGCAGUGAUGGCCAGAAGGGAGUCAAAGGAGAAACUGGUGCAGUUGGCCCAGCAGGGCUUAAAGGAAAAAGGGGAGAUAAUGGAGAAAGGGGCCCCCCUGGGAAAAUGGGGCCUCAAGGAGUCCAAGGCCCCAUAGGUCUGAAAGGAAGUAAGGGAGAGCUUGGGUUGCUUGGACCUCAGGGGCCUAAAGGUGAUUUUGGGCCUCCUGGACCAGAGGGUCCAAAGGGGGAUAUUGGUCUUCGAGGUGACAGAGGGAUUCAGGGACCACUGGGACCCCCUGGCAGGCCAGGUCCUAAGGGGGAGAUUGGUGUGCCGGGUCACAAGGGCAACAUUGGUUAUCGUGGGGACAGGGGAGCUCGAGGAGAGAGGGGUGAUAAGGGCGAGAAGGGAGAUGCAUUUGUUAUCUCUAAAAGCGCCUUCUCCGUGGGACUCACAGCUCUGACUAAACUCCCAGCAGCCAAUGCACCCAUCCGGUUUGACAAGAUUAUUUACAACCAGCAGAAUCACUACGACCCACAGACAGGAAGAUUCACAUGCUCCGUAGCAGGUGCGUACUACUUCACCUACCACAUCACUGUCUUCUCCAGGAACGUGAAGGUGGCCCUCUUGAAGAACGGGGCAAAGAUCAUCCACACCACCGAUAACUACCAGAGCAGCGAGGACCAGGCAGCAGGGGGCGCUGUGCUGCAUCUGGAGGUGGGAGAUAAGGUGUGGCUGCAGGUAGCAGGAGGAGAGCUGUUCAAUGGGCUCUUUGCUGAUGACGAUGAUGACACUACCUUCUCUGGGUUUUUAAUCUUUGCAGCUUGAUUACUUUAUAAAAAAACACAAAGGAAGAAGAAAUCAUUUUCAUUUAGUCAAGUAUUAAACUUAAGCACAAAUUUCAGAUACUUAUACUUUGAUAUUUCUAUUUUGUGCUUGACAGGCUUAUUCAUUGUCAUAUGGGAACUAAGUGGUUCAGAACAUCUCUAUCUUUACCAACUAUAGCAGUAAACAUUAUUCUUACACAUAAAACUGUUUAUAAAGCAGUUCAAUUUCACAUGGGAAAUUUUUCUACAUUAUAAGCAGUUUUUAAAUACUUUAAGUACAUUUUGCUGCUAAUGCUUCCAGACUUUCACUUGUGAUGGUGUAUUUUACAUAGUUAUAUUGUUAGCAUAAGUAAAAGAUAUGAAAUUUCUCCCACUGCUGUAUGUGUUUAAUCAGUCAAGUUAUUUUUUUCACAGGAUCUUGAACAUGUAAUUGUAUGGAAAUGGGAACAUGGUUA